CAAGAUACAUUGCGUGUGCCUUCAAAGUGAGUCCGAUAUGCAAAAUCGAUGAUUUGCAGAAGCUCUUUACUUUGGUGAAGGUCGCCUACGUUAUGCUGAUAAUCGUCCUGUUGCUGAUGAUGUGGGCGUCCAUCGUGCGGAUGCAUGAGUUACCAGUCCAGUAUCCGCCGUGUUUUUUCAAUCCACUCUGCACCUGUUCAAAAGCCAUACCGGAUCUUGGCAUAGUGGCGUGCUAUAACGUGCCGAUGCCGCGAAUGCCAGAGCCGAUUAAUUCUUCCAAAAUGUUCAUGCUACAACUGGAGAGUAAUGGGCUGAGAUUUCUGCAGCCGCAGCACCUCAUGAAUACCGGUCUCUACAAACUACAGAUUAAGUAUAAUCCCCUGGCAGACAUUCCAGAAGAAGCCUUUCUAGGUCUCGAGAGAUCAUUAUGGGAGCUCGAUUUAUCUUACAAUCAACUCGCAAAUGUGCCGAGCAAAUCAUUCAGACAUUUGCAAAAACUCCGGCUUCUCGAACUCACAGGUAAUAAGAUAUCUCACAUCGCGGCGGAAAACUGGCGGGGUCUGGAGAACUCGCUGCAGACUCUAUAUCUGGGUCGAAACGCAAUCGAGAAGCUACCGGCUGACGCUUUCGCCGGUCUCACGUACCUAGAGGUCCUCGAUCUUCGAGAGAACAGCUUGAAGGAGAUCGAUCUGUCGGUAUUUAGGGACGGGAUGGCCCAUCUGACGCAUCUUUAUCUGAACGACAAUCAGUUGACGCACGUGCCAUACGCCCAACUGUCCCAACUGAAGCGCAUGAAACUCCUCGAUCUCAGCUACAAUAGGAUAUCGAGGAUGCUGCAGACGCAACAGGAACCGGAGAUCAGGGGCAUACAGAUGUCCCUGGAUGUAUUGCAGUUGGACUACAAUCAGAUCGAGAUUCUCGCGUCCAAUGAUUUUCAGCAUUUUUACAAAGUCAACCGCACGUAUCUCAGCGGCAAUCCUUUGACGAUGAUUGAGGAGGGUACGUUCCGAGACUCGCGCAUUCGCGAACUAUAUUUUAGCGACUGCGAUUUACUGGAGAUCAACUCGGCUAAUCUUGCCGGUUUGGAGUCGACGCUCGAGUUAUUGGAUGUCUCGGGAAACAACAUAACUACGCUUCCCAAUCGGCUUUUCCAAGAGUUCGACUUCCUGCAUACGCUCAUCUUUCGCGAGAAUCGUAUCGACACAUUUUCGCCAACCGAGGUUUUCAACGGCUUCCAAUAUUCCUUGUACAACUUGGAUCUCAGCGGGAAGCAGAACAGCAUCAUCUCCCUUCAAGAUCUACGCCAGAUGAGAAACCUGCGUUUCCUCGCGAUAUCUCGGAUGCCGCAGGCGAUCUUGUCGGCGGAUGAUUUUUUGGAAUUUGGUAUGGACAUCAAGGAGUUACGGAUAGUCCACAGUAAUCUCAACACCAUCAAGAGCCAUGCUUUUAUGCACGUUCGCGGGAUCAAGUACCUCGACUUUUCCGAAAACUCGAUAUCGACGAUAGACGACGAGGCUUUUUCAGAGGUAGGCCAUUCUUUGUUGACGUUAAGAAUGUCCCACAGUCUAUCCUCGACGAUUUCCGAGAUACCUAAUCGACCAUUGAAAUCGUUGACGAAUCUGCAACAUCUCGAUUUUAGUAACAACAAAAUUCGCUCCUUACCCGCCACAUCGUUUCACUUUCUGAAAAGGAUCAAGCGCAUUGAAUUGCAGGAUAACGAAAUUGAUAAUAUAUUCAAGGGUACUUUUCAGGGCGAUAUCCAUUCGACGCUGGAAGAGAUUAACUUUGCGUUUAAUAAAGUGAAGAAUCUACAAACUCACACGUUCGUCGAUCUGUCGGCCCUAAUGACGAUCAAUCUAGAGGACAACGCCAUCGACAGGAUCGAGAGGCGGGCUUUCAUGAAUAUGAACCGACUUAAGUAUAUCAACUUGCGUGGUAACAAGAUUAGGGACAUCAACGACGAAGCCUUCCAGAAUUUACCGGAUCUUGAGUUUCUCGAUCUCGCAUAUAACAAUCUUCGUGAAUUCGAUCUCGCCUUCUUCGAUCAAGUGGGUACAUUGUCAUCGUUUAAAGUCAAUGUUAGCCACAACGAGAUUCCGAGAUUGUGGAUAAAUAACACUUUCGCACCUACUUCUGCCAUUGGUGGUAGUGUGCACUCGAACAUCAAAGUUCUGGACUUGAGUUACAAUAAUAUCUCCGACAUAAUGAAGUAUUAUUUUAAGCCAGUCGAGUAUUCUCUCACUCAUCUGUAUCUAUCAAACAAUCAACUGAGGAACGUUACCCAGGGUGUCUUUGGAAACAUGCCACACUUGCAGUGGCUCGACUUGAGACACAACGAACUGAAAGAGGUGGACUUUGACUGCUUCAAGAAUACGAAAAACUUACAGGUACUGCUUCUCUCGUGGAACGAAAUCAUGGAUAUCCCGGCGGAGGCUUUAAGACCGCUGAAGAAGCUCCGCAUCGUGGAUUUAUCUCAUAACAAACUGAGAACACUAUCAGAUAACAUGUUCACCGAUUCUAACAUAGAGAGUCUCGAUCUUUCGCACAAUCAAUUCACGAGAUUGCCUAUCAAGAGUAUGUCGUUGACUUCUGCCGCAAGUUUAGCAAACUUGGACAUGUCCUGGAACUUCUUAUCAGGAAUCCAUAACACCGACACGAUAUUCAGACUUAAACAUCUUGUAUGGAUAGACCUAUCGUACAAUCGACUUGUUAGAUUAGAUGAUGGCGUAUUUUCUGAUCUACCAUAUCUGGCUCAUCUCGACUUAAGCCAUAACAAGCAACUCAUCUUGGAAAGCCGUGGAAGAACAUUCUAUGGUUUGGAAAAUACACUUUUGUACCUUAGUCUAAGCAACAUCUCCCUCUUGAGCGUUCCAGAGUUGCCUCUACGACGACUGCAAACCUUGUAUUUGGCAUAUAACGAGCUAGCAUCGAUACCAACGGAAAUGUCGUCAAAUUUGACAUCUCUCCACUAUUUAGAUUUGAGUGCCAAUGAUUUGACAGUGGUACCAUUGAUCACUCACUCGUUACCGGAAUUAAAGACGUUUAAUUUGUCGAAUAAUCCUAUUACCGCCAUUACGAAUACGAGUUUUCUGGGUGUGGCCGACAGCCUUGAAGAGCUGGAUAUACGAAGACUCACUCUAUUAAUCUUUGAGGCAGGUGCACUCUGCAAAGCCAGCAAGCUCCGCAAGUUGCACAUUACUGCAUAUAACAGUGUGAAGAACUUCAACUUUCCCAAUAUUCUGCAAUAUAAUCAUGGUCUGAAACAUUUGCUCAUUGAUGUUCAGAACGGCACCGAUCUAGAGAAGGAAAUGAAAGGGAAGUUUCCUUACAAAUUAUACAACAUUACGUUGACUGGUAAAGCUUUAAAGAAAAUACAUCCGGAGAUUCUGCGCGGCAUACGAAAUCCCCAUCUUCAUUUCGGCUUGUACAAUACCAGCGUGGCGAUCGUACCGAGGGAAAUGUUCAGCAACGCGCAGCGAGUGCGUAACAUAACGGUGGAAAUUCGCGAGAGUGACACUCGAACAUUGCACAAUCCAUCGUCCGGUUAUAAACCAGGAGUGCCGGGGGAGCGAUUUAUCAUGAAGCUCCGAUUAGCAGGCAGCUAUCUUAAUUGCGAUUGUGAUAUCGGGUGGAUCGAAAUAUGGCAGAGGAAGCAGAGACAGUAUCAAGAAGAUCGAUGUACUUCAUACGACGAAUUUAAGAACUUCGAGCACGAAGAGAAUGACGAAUUCAGUUGUUGGGACAACGGCUGGGAUGACGAUCUCCGUGAGACGUUCUGCUUAAAUAAGAACAAUGUAUCGUUGUCGAACGAAUUGAAAAUAGAACUGGAAUGCGGGUGGGGUGCAGCGAGUCAUACUAUUGUACUGGACAAUUUUGCUUUUCUGUUUUUCUCGAUCGUCCUGACUGUUAUUUAUUAGGCGUCUCAUUCGCAUUGCUUUUUAUACAAUAUUCUCGAAUCGAAAUUUGCGAAAAGAAUGUUAUGGUCAAUGUAAAAGAACGACCAAGUCAUUAUGUAUGCUCGUAUACUUGUACAAAGCAAAUUGUACUCAUGUAUUUGUAAAUUAAUGUAAAACUAAAAAACUUUUGCAAGGACAACGCACCAUGAUUUAUUCACGUUUUAUUAAAAUCACAAUUUAAUUGUGCAUCACAAAUUUAGCUACAAUACCGAUUGCCAUUUGUACAAUCGGAAAAACAAUGAAGCCGAGUAUAAAUAUAAGGCAAACAUACACGCUGAGCAAUUGCAUAGCGAGUAUUGCGAAUUUGACCAUUACUUGUUGAAUGUUCUUAGUUCUGCGUAUGUCGAUUAUUUUGUCCAGUACAAAUCUUAAUAUGAAGGAAAACAUCU